AUCGAUAAUACGCUUCAAAUAACUGAACAAUGCAAUUGUAAUUUUUUUUCUAUUAAUAUUUUUUUUUAUAAGUUUGUGAUCAAAUGUCCGUUUCUAAAUGAAUUGUAGGGAUAUCUAUCAUUUAACAGAAGAUAUCUGGAAAAAAUCGAUUCGAACCAAAACAAGAUAGUUUGCACAAUAUAAUAAAUACUAGUUCCGGAAAUUCGACCCGUCGAUUUAACUAAUAGGGUGAAUGCAAAAAUUUGUUUGUUUGUUUAUUACGCUUUCACAUCUUAAGCACUCAAGAGAUCGUCAUGAUAUUUUGCAUACUUGAUGUCAGAGGUACAAAACUUGACAUAGGCUAAAUCAAAAAAAGGGCCUACCCCGGGGGAAUUCGGUGUCUUAAAAACUAAUAAUUCAACUACUUUUUUCUCAAUCGACCAUUUUAUUAAAUGUAUAAAUAACAACAGAUAAGUUAGGAUGGGAAACUUAAUAAAACAAAACUUAAAAUAAAAUGUGCAGAAAGGAAAUUAAAAGAGGGAAAAUAACAUGUGUAAUUCGUGGUAGAACUUUCUGGGCGUGAGGAGAAUAACUUUAUCGUUGGCAUGCGGAACAGAUAAAAGAUAUAAAAUAUCGAAAUAAAUCUUGUUAUACAUUGUUAAUUCCACUCAAGCACUCAGAGUGCUCAGUUUGAAUGAAGUUCACCCACGCCAUCGUAAAGGAGCCAAGUUUCAAGACUGCUGCUGGCCAGUACUAUAUAUAUUUGCGAGACCACUCGGCUGAGCGUACAAACAAAGCAUACAAGCUGUUCAGGCGCCUGAAUAUAGUCUGUGUUUUUUUUUUACCGCGCAAACUGAGCACUGUGUGUCACGUAAAAAAUACCUAUACGCUUUGAAUUUUUAUCCAUUUUAUUUUAUUUUAAUUCUGUAAUUAACGUAUAAACGAACCGAAAAUGAAAUUGUUACUAGCAUUGUGUUUGGUGGGAAUCGUCGCUACUGCCCCUCCGCCUAGGGAGGUGCAAAUAUUAAAAUACGAAAAUGUCAACAGUGGACGCGGCAGUUACAAAUUCGGAUUCGGGCAAUCCGAUGGCACCAGAUUUGAGCAGGAAGGUGCGCUGAAGAACGAGGGCCAAGAACACGAAUCCUUGUCCGUUAGAGGUCAAUUUUCUUGGGUGGGUCCAGACGGCGUUACCUAUACCGUGACUUAUGUGGCUGAUGAAGACGGCUACCAACCAGAAAUAGAGCAAGGUCCCGGCGGAGCUUUACCUUCAUCAAUACUUUCCUCUUUAGCCGGUUAAAAAGAUAUGUUGUUGGUAAAUUCAGUUAAUGUAGUUUUAAAAUAAAUAAUUUUUUUUUACUUA